ACAAGCCCAAGAGCCCAAGAGCCCAAGAGAAAACUCUUAGGAAACCUAAUUCCUUCUGUAGACCAAACCGACUCAUCUCUCCAUAGCCGCUUCUUCUACUUCACCAAAAUCAUUUCCCUCACUUCUUCUAUUUCUUCUUGGAAGCUUUCUUCAUGAUCUGACUUCUUCACAAAAAAAGGUUGAGAGGUUUGCUGCAAAGCUGAGGGGAUCUGGUUCUCCUUUCAAAUGCAUUGGCUUAGGCAUGGUUCAACAAGUGAACGAGGAAGGCGUUCCUCCCACCACUCUCCGUGAGGUCUCCAUCUUGUGAAUGCUCUCCAGGGAUCCCCAUGUCGUCAGGUUAAUUGAUGUCAAACAUGGGUUGAAUAAGGAAGAGAAGACAGUUCUGUAUUUGGUGUUCGAGUAUAUGGAGACUGAUCUCAAGAAAUUCAUCCGUUCCUUUCGUCAAACUACAAGGAAAGUCCCUCUCGAUAUCGUCAAGACUCUGAUGUUCCAACUUUUCAAGGGUGUAGCCUUUUGCCAUGGCCACGGGAUCUUACACAGGGAUCUUAAGCCACACAAUCUUCUUAUGGAGCAAAAGACGCUGAUGCUUAAAAUUGCAGAUCUUGGGUUGGCUCGAGCUUUUACUGUAGAGAUAACAUCUCAUUUUUGUCUCUCUCUGCAUCUCGCCCUUGCCUCCUCCGGCGUCUCCGAUCUCCUCCGAUGGUGUUCGUUUUCUUUUUGGGUGAAUUCUGUUUUGCUUUUGCUUCUAAGCCCUGCAAAACAGAGAAUCGAAGAAGGGAGCUUGAGCAAAAUAGAGAAUCGAAGAACAAGGCAGUGGCUUCUGUAUUUUCUUUUCGUGUUCGUUUAUGCAAUGAGAGGUCUGUGAAAUGAUAGCAUGUGUCUUCAAGUUUUAUUUUAGCUAUUAAGUAGGACACUGCUUAUUUGAGAGCUGAUAUUGCAAAGUUAUAGGCUGUUUGGUAGGCUUUGCUCCUGUCAUGGAGAAUUUUUCAACUACUUUGUUUAUGAAUCCUUCUUAAAUGAUAAUAAGGAGACUGCCAUUACUAUGCUAGACGUAAAGAUAGAUGUGUUACUGGAGCAAUUUAUAACUAUACCAUGCAGCUACUGGAUUAUCAUGACUUCUCCGUAGAAUCAAAUUACAAUUUAACAGAGGCACUUAUGUUCUUAUCUCAUUUUAUUGGGGAUAUCCAUCAGGGCCAAUUCUUGGAGGGUAAUGUGCUGUAUUAUUUUGGUCGAUGGUUUUGGUGGGUGAGUCUUCUAAUGGAGGCAUGUAAUGGGGUCGCAUGGUAUUCUAUAUUUAUAUUGAUCUUAAAGAAGGUGUACUCAUACCGCAUUGGUGUGCAUAGAAGAUAAGUUUCUAUUUUUAUUUUCUCUUUUCAUAUUGAUUCCCUUAUCUUUUUCUUAUUUUAUCUUUUUCUUAUUUGAAGUAGAUAUUUGUUGGAUUAUGUCAAACACUUUUAUCUAGUAGGUGGCAUGAGUAACUUGGAACAAUUUUUUAUACUUUUUAAAUUAUUUUAUCUAUCGAACUAAAAUUAAUAUCUUUUUAGUAUAUUAAAAAAAAUCACUAACCUUUUGAUGGUUCCCUCAAACUUUUAGAAAAGAAAUCAAUGCAUUUCUUUAACACCAUUGAAAAGAGAAAAAUAGUUCAAUGCAUGAGUAUUAUGUUUUCUGAAUUGAUGAUUGUACUUUUGUAAAAAAACAAUAUGAGAUAUAACUUUUAUCUUUGAAUUUAGUUGUCUAUGUUUAUGUAAAUAAGAAUUAGUUUUCUUCUAUGUUUUUUCAAACUAAUGUACUUUUUUUUGUUUUUUUUCAGUUUUUGGAAGAUUACUAAUUUGAAACUUGCAUAUGUACUGAUCUAAUUUUACUAUGCUAUUACUAUAUGAAAAGAAAUCUCACUAACCUUUUAUGGAUGAAAUCAAACUGCAUUACUUCAACAAUUUCUGCAAGUGAAAUAAAUCAUUCCAGAGUUGAAAUUACAGUGUAUUAAUUCAACACUUUUUGUAGGUGUAAUUGAUAUGGUAUUUUUAAUUAUUUGAGAGUUUAUAAUGAUGAGAGAGGAGGUUUGAUGAGAUAAUGAUUUUAAUCAUGGCUGUAAAUGACAUUGGUUGUGUCCUAUGGUAAUGGUUGUAUAUUUCUCAACA